AUGGUGACAGCAGAGCAUCCUCCCAUGAUCCCCUGUGAUGCAGAGUGUCCUAAUUGGCUGGAGCCUCCAGGGUUGUUUUGGGAGGAGCGGAGGAUGGAGCGGCAGGCGGAGAACAUCACGUCUCACCAGCUGUUCAUCCUGGACGGCUUCAGUGAGCUCGGAGCUCUUCGUCCCGUCCUCUUCGUCCCGUUCUUCAUCAUGCUGGUGGUGUCGCUGUCUGCUAACUCCAUGCUGCUGUACGUGGUCGCCUCUCAGAGGAGCCUCCACUCGCCCAUGUACGUGCUCAUAGCCGGCAUGGCCUGCGUAGACGUGAGCCUGCCGCUGUUCUUCAUCCCCAACAUGCUGCUCAGCUUCCUGUUCGACUGGAGGGGGAUCUCUCUGGUCAGCUGCCUGGUUCAGAUCUACUUUGUCCAUCUGUUGGGAGCCUUUCAGUCCACUCUGCUGCUGUGGAUGGCUCUGGACCGGUACUUUGCCAUCUGCAUGCCGCUGUACUACCACCAGCGCAUGGCGGUGCCCGGAUUCCUGCGGUUUGUGAUUCCGCUGGUGGUUAGGAACGUCCUCAUGGUGGCGCUGGUGGUGGUUCUGGCGGGAGCGCUGCCGUUCUGCUCCGUUAACGUGAUCAAUCACUGUUUCUGUGAGCACAUGGCCUUGGUGGAGCUGGCCUGUGGCAGCACCGCAGUCAACAGCCUGGUGGGCCUGAUCUCCGUGUUCUUCAUCCCCGUGGCCGACUUCCUCUUCAUCAUCGCCUCCUACGUCGUCAUCUUCAGCUCUGCGCUGGGAUCCGGGAAGUCGGGCGCGAAAGCGCUGCACACCUGUGUGACUCACAUGGUGGUGCUGAGCGUCAGCAUCGUCAUCAUACUCGUGGCUUUCCUGUCGUACCGGAUCAGAAACGGACUUCCUGCUUGGGUUCGUGUGUUCUUCAGCAGCUUGUAUCUUCUGUUCCCGAGCUGCUUCAACCCCAUCGUCUACGGAGUCCGGACCGCCGAGAUCCGGCAGCACAUCCUGAAGACGCUGACCUGUUAA